UAGAGUGAAAAAGUGGGAUUUUAUUGAAAUAUCAUUUUUUGUAUACCCUUGUUCACAUUACCGAUGUUGGAUCUAGCAGCAGAAACUAUGCCCACCCCCGCAAAACGCGUGUGCAGAGAAACUAACGAUGAAGCGGAAAUAACAUCCAUAGAAGUAACUGCUGAGAACGGAUCCCUGUCGCAUAACAACAAUAAUGAUGAUAAAAGUCGAAAAAUUAUAAAAAAUGGCUUAAAGUCGGAACCAGAAACGGACGAAAAUAGUCCAGGUUUUACAGAUGAAGACAGUGUUUUGGACGAUGAAGAUAAAAGUGAAGCGAUGAAUAUAAAUGGCGAAGGAGGAAAUUCUCAGCCACAGAAAAAGACUGUUGCACAGAUUAUGCGUGAUAAAAAGAAACAGACUCAGUUAACUUUACAAUGGUUAGAAGAGAACUAUUGUAUCUGUGAAGGAGUGUGUUUGCCGCGGUGUAUACUGUAUGCACAUUAUUUAGACUUCUGUAGAAAAGAAACACUAGAGCCCGCAUGUGCAGCUACUUUUGGAAAGACGAUAAGACAGAAAUUUCCACAUCUUACGACAAGACGACUUGGUACACGAGGACAUUCAAAAUAUCAUUAUUAUGGAAUAGGUAUUAGAGAGACAAGUCAGUAUUACCAUUCAGUGUAUACUGGGAAGGGAUUAACUCGGUUUUCAGGAUGCAAGCUGAAAAAUGAGGGAGGCUUUACAAGAAAGUAUACUCUUAGUUCGAAGACGGGAACGCUGUUACCAGAAUUUCCUAAUGCACAAUACUUGAUUUUACCGUUGUCUAUACCCCGAGAAAAGGUUGAGACAUUUAUCAUGAUGUACAAAACACAUUGUCAAUGUAUUUUAGAUACUGCAAUUAACGCAAACUUUGAAGAGAUUCAGAACUUUUUACUACAUUUCUGGCAAGGACUUCCAGAGCACCUGUUUCCUCUAGUUGAGAACCAAGUUAUAGUUGAUGUAAUUUGUGUCUGUGAUAAUAUCCUAUAUAAGGUUUUAACAGAGGUUUUAAUUCCAUCUACAAUGCAGGAAAUGCCAGAAACAUUAUUAUGUGAUAUAAGAAACUUUGCUAAACAUUGGGAAAACUGGGUAGCAACUUCCCUUGAAAAUUUACCAGAGAAAUUAUCUGAGCACAAACUUCCAGUAGCAAGGAGAUUUUCAUCAGCAUUAAAACGACAAACAUCAUUUCUUCAUUUAGCUCAGACUGCUAGACCGGUGCUGUAUGAUGCCGCUUUAGUAAAUCAAACGAUAGAAGAUGUUGAUCGUAUAGACUUGAGUAGUAUAACCAGUAAUGCUCUGUCCACAUCAAGUGAUUCGGACAGUGACCUAGAUGUAAAUGGUGAAUUUUUAAAAGAAUUUAAAGACUUACUGCGGAAGCAGGCAACCGUUGAAGCGUUUACAGAAUGGCUAGAUACUCUUGUUGAACAGAAAGUUGUUAAGCCGAGUAAGCAAAACGGACGAUCUUUCAAGAAAAGAGCAUCAGCAUUUUUGUUAAAAUGGUCGUUCUUUGGAGCAAGAUUAAUGCACAACCUUACCCUUAAUAAUGCACAGUGUUUUGGUUCAUUUCACCUUAUCAGAAUGUUACUUGAUGAAUAUGUAUUGCUAGCUGUUGAAACACAAAUACAUGUAGAAAAAGACACAGAACUACAAGCCAUAUUGGAAAAGCAUAUGAAAGCUGAUGAAACAGGUUCUCGUCCUAUCUCAACCCAACCAAGUACCUGUUUUCUUGCCAACCGACCAAAUGGGAAUGCUCGUAAUAAUAACAAUAUCAUGCCAAUAAAACCGGAACGUAUGGACGGGCCAAUAAAUGGAAUCAAUCCAUAUGGCCAAAUGAUUCACACUGAUAAAGAGCAGGCAUAUAUGUCAAAUCAUCUACAUAAUCUUACUGCAAUGACGCAGACUAUCCAAGGAGGAGGUAUAGGUAAUUUGCUGACGCCACCAAUCUCGCCAAUUGUCGUAAACCCAAUGAGGACAUCUGUUAUUAAUCCACCCAUAUCAUACGUGUCUCAGUCACAAUCGUUAGUUACACCAUCAUAUCCUUAUUUAGGGCAACAUGACUAUCAAUCUGGUUCUAAUUAUAACAUUGGUGGAUAUAGUUCUCCUUAUUCCAGAAGUGCUUUUAGUUCUCAUCCUGUAAAUCCAGUGCCGUAUUCCAUGAAAAAUGACUUUGACAUGUUCAAUCCAUUUUCGGAACAUACUUUUAAUGAUCCAUAUUUUAAUCCAUCAUAUCCAAGUCCACAACAACAAACAUUUCCAUCCACCACAGUUCAAAGUCAGACAGGAAGUGCGUUUAAUGUAGUGCAGAGUAACCCAUCAUUUAAUGCACCAUACUCGGUUGGAGAAUUUUUUAACUCAAGCUACCAACAGUCAAACAAACCAUUGGUGGAACAUGUAUCUGUUAUCCAGUCACGAAGCCAUUUCCAGAAUGACAUCGACCCAUUAAAUAUCUUGGAUAAACCACACCACCGAAAAGAGGCUAAUUAUGGUAGUCCUGCUAGCUGUCACAGUCCUAGGCAGUUACAUAAUGUUCACCAAUCAGAGAAUCUCGGAGAUGACAUAAUAGGAAUGGCAGUAAACGGUAUGUUAGCAGCAGACCAUGACAUGUCGUCACACUUCGCUGACCCCGGAGCUUUACCACCUGUGAAUACAAUUUUCAUGACGUGAUCAGACCUAUGUUAAUGCAUAUCAUUCUAUGGAAGGUGGUAUAGAUGAAUCAAACAAAAUCAAAAGCAGUCUGAAAGCAAUCACCGAUGUUGAAUAGGCUGCAUGCGUUUUGCCACCAAACGUUUUAGGUUAUAAUUUGAGUCAGAUGAAAUGGUUGAAGCAAUUGAAAUUAAAGUGCAAUGAUAGUGCUAACUAAAGAUUCGAUCAUGAUAGAAAAGGAAACUGUGAUUAAUAGACACAUUUUUUGUUGAUUGUCGAAUUGACUUAAUGUAAGGACAAGCAUGAUUAAUAUGUGAGCAAAUCCCCGUUUGAAUAUCGGUAAACUACUGUUGCCUGAAUUUUGCAAUCUCAUAGUGUUACUUGUUAACAUGUUCUUCAAACUAAUAUGUUUCUAUCUAUUGUUUAGUUUAAUUCCUCUUCUUUAAUGAAGCCUUGUAAGCAAUAUUAUCAAAACCCGAAUACUAGUACCUUGAAAUGAUAUUUCUUCUUUUGUAGCGAUUUUAUAUCGAGUAGAUAUUAGUAAUAGGAAACGUUUCUAUCUUUUAACUUUUUUUUUUGUUUCUAUGUCAAGCAAGCAAUAUAUCUUGUUUUUCUAUUUGAGCUGGAAAUGAUCUGAGAAUAAAAGUAAAUUGUUAGUGUGUAAAUGAUUUUAAGACCCAAUUGUUAGUGUGUAGGUGAUUUUACUUUACAGCAAUAGCUAGAACAAAUCGUGUUAUUUAUCAUUUGUGUAUAUACAUAUAGAGGUAGAAUAUAGACGUGAAUCAACUUGCCAUUUUUGUAACAGAACAAAUCAAAUUUGCAAUUCUGUUUACAUAUUAUAGUGUUAUGUAUAUAAAAGCAUAUAAAAUUUCAGAUGUUUUUAUUUUGUAAUUGAAUGCAAUUAUAUUUAUGUUUUAUUUGUAUAUUUUUGUAUAAACAUGUUUACAUUUUGCAAAAGAAAAAGGAAUAUUUUCAUUUCAUAGGGUAAUUUGUUUAGAUAAAAAUGUAUCUUGUUAUGUAUUUCAUUCUGGUUUUAUUCGUAUUGUAUUGUAUAAUAUCCUCCUACUGAAAAAAAAAGUGUCUGUAUAAUAACACAUGGCAUGUCUUGCAUGUUAAAUUAGAUAUUGGUUUUAUUGGUUUAUUUUGGAAAGUGACUUUGAUCAAUAGAAUAUAAUAACAUACAUUAAUCUGGUUAUCCAUUGAAGAAUACUAUACUUGUGAAGUUUUAACACAGAAAUUGUUUUUUUAAGUAAACAUUUUUGUGAAGAGAAAAUAACAGUUAAUGUCGAAUCAAUUCAUCUGCUGCAAUAUAAAUUUGGUAUCGUUCAUGUUAUUGAAUGUAAAGCAUGCAAGAUUUUAGAUUUUCAGACUGAAGUAAUAUCUAAAAAGGUAUGCGAAAGGUUGAUCAACAAGGUAUAUGCGAAAGGUUGAUCAACAAGGUAUAUGCGAAUUCCUACGCACAACUGUUAUAAAUCGAUACAAAUAAAUAUUAACGAAAUUAAAAUUAGCUUAUAAUUGUGUACGUCAGACGAGCAUGAAAACGUUUAUUCUAGUGAUAGAAGACACAUUAUUUUCUUUUUUAUGUGUAUUCUUUCCAUAGAGAACUAUAGACAAAGCUGUGCUUAAUCGUCAAACAUCUUUUUAUUAACUGAUCAUACUUUUGUUUUGAUUUAGUGAAAAAUUCUGUAUUGAUAAAUAAAUCAAUCAAUCAAAACUUCCAUUUUUGUUAGUUUCAGAUUGCUUUCUUUUUUCAAUUGUUUGUGAAAAAUAUUUACCAUUAUUAUUUUUGUAAGGUUAUUAUAGAAAGGCUAUAUUCUAUAAAACAUAAAUUAUUAUUUUCUUAGCAAUACAUAUAUAUAAAUUAGAACUUGAAACUAUAGUCCUAAUUUACUGUAAAAACUAGUUUGAAAUGGCAUGAAACGAUACUACUGAUAAAUUCCUAUUUCUUUCUUUCAUUAUUUAUAUACCGUGUUUAUCAUUCCUUGCUUUGUUAUGAUCUGUUGUGUUUUAUUGUUAUAUUUUGUCAUUUUUUUCAUACAAUGGAUAUCAGCUUGUAAUAUUACUUUGAUAAUAUCACAUGAUCGGGCAAAACUGUCACGAUAUUAAAGGAUAUUCUAUGUAUAAAAAAAAAAACACAGAAAGAUUCACCUUUGAUAUGUGUUAAGUACGACUUUGAAAAUAGAGCGGUUUUGAUAACAAAAAUCCGCAUCACAAUCUAGAACUUGUUGUUGUACGGUACAAGCCUCAAUUAUUUAGCUGUUCAAAUCAGUCCGAGCAUGUGAAAUUUUUAAAGUAAUAUGAUGUGAACAAAUUUAUUAUUCUAUCUAUAUAUAGAAUAAAAUAUUUA